CAAUCGUCCUUGCCAUCGCACCCCACAUUCCAUUCAUGGAUUAUCCACUACUUGAGGAAUCAGUACUUGAAGUAUUUACAUUAUGUUUGUUAUGUUAUCAAUAAAUUCCUAACACUAUCUACAAUACUAUCUCUCUAACUAUCUAUCUGAUCUCAUAGCAAAACCUUCCGUCUCUACAAUAUAAUAUCCAACAAACACCGCAUCCUAUACAAAGAAAUACCUACCUGUCCACCCACCUAUCUACCUAUUCAUAGAGUACAGUAAUGUCCUUCACCAACAUCCCAAUUCUCGACCUCUCACUGGCCAGAGCAUCAAAAACUAAACCCGAGUUUUUGAAUCAGCUACGCCAUGCUUUACUCGAAGUAGGAUUUUUAUAUCUGAAGAAUAUUGGCAUCGCUCAGGAAUUAAUAGAUAAUGUAGUAGGGGAGGGAGUGAAAUUCUUUGAUCUCCCUUUGGAGGAAAAGUAUGUUUGUUUUUUCGUUCAAUUCUAGUACUCAGCUCACUUUCCUUAGGACCAAAAUCCAAAUGGUCAACGCACCCUCAUUCCUAGGCUACUCACCCCUCUCCGCCGAAAUCACCGCACAUGCAAUCGAUCAGCGUGAACAAAUUGAUCUCUCGACUCCUCACCCCAUCCCCACUCCCACCGAUCCCCUCUACUACAAUCUACUUGCACCGAAUCUCUGGCCCUCUCCCACGCAUCUUCCUAAUUUCCGUCCUGUUUUCGAAACCUACAUCAAGCAAAUGGGCGAUGUAUCUCUAUUCUUCACAUCUUUGAUCGCAGAAGCUAUUGGAUUACCCUCCAAUGCAUUCGAGCGUUUCUUCGACAUAGAUCAACAGCAUAAAUUAAAAGUGGUUAAAUAUCCGGAUUUGAAGGAAUUGGGUCUUUCGCCUGGACAAAAGGGUCAGGGUGUAGGUCCGCAUAAGGAUGCGAUGUUGACGUCGUAUUUGUUGCAGGUGGGUGAUAAGAAGGGGUUACAGGUGCAGAAUUUGAGAGGGCAGUGGAUUGAUUGUCCUCCGAUUAAAGGGACAGUGGUAGUGGCUAUUGGACAGGGCAUGGAGGCGUUGACGAAGGGUGUCUGUAUGAGCACUACGCAUAGGGUAUUGAGCCCCGAAUAUGGACAGGGUCCGAGGUAUAGUGUGCCGUUUUUUCAGGGGGUCAGGGGGAGUACCAAGUUUGAGGAGUUGAACGAGGUGGGAAUAGGGGAGGUGAAGGAGGAGGUAAGAGAAAUGAGGCGAAGGGUUUUGGAGAGUGUGGGGGGUAGAUUGGAUGAUGUGGAGUUUACUUUUAUAGGGGGCGGAAAGGCGGAGACGCUAGGAGAGGCAACACUGAGAAAUAGGAUUAAAAGCCAUGUGGAUGUGGGAGAGAAAUGGUAUCCCGAGAUACUUGCAGAUGUAAGAGUAGAGCAGGAGGAGGAACGCAGACAAAAGAAUCUGCCAGUCACUCCACCCGCCGAAACAUAGAUAGAGAGAGAUUCUUUUUUCAGAUGGAUUUAAUGUUCCAAAUGAAUUCUCCUGAGAAAUUAGGACCCUCAUUAUUCGACUGCGGUCUGGGCUUUUAGGAUAGUCCCGAUCCUUACCUAUCACGAAGUAAGGCACACAUUUGUAGAUAAGAAGCAGAUUCUUCUGACUCAAG